GGAGCGAGGAGGAGAAAGGGAAGCUCCGAGGCAGCUCCGUCCCCCUUUCUUUCCCCCCUGGCGGGGGACGCCGGAGGCGGAUUUCCAUAAGUAACAAAAGUACAUUCAGUGUCUCUGCUUUCAAAUCGUAGAAUCUUCCAUACAGUUACGCUCUGAAUUGCUGAAUUGCAGUGCACAAGAAUAGGGUUCUUCAUUGUUCUGGGAGAGCUGAACUACAGUUAGAAAUUGUCCACACCACUUCUGCAACAAUUGUACCUGUUACAGUCCUGACCCCAGCACAGUCCUUAUGGAAUCAUCUUUGCCUCUCUCCACUCCACAGCAGAAUACAACCUCUGAGCUGGAGAGCAGUACCAUUCAGAAGCAGAGGAAAGAACUUCAGCUGCUAAUUGUGGAGCUGAAAGAUCGUGAUAAGGAGCUCAAUGAUAUGGUUGCAGUGCACCAGAGGCAGCUGCUGGCUUGGGAUGAUGAUCGUCAAAAAAUACUGACGCUGGCAGAACGGUGCAGCAAAUUGGAGAAUGAGCUGCACAAGAGAAAUGAGAUGAUUAGCACACUUACUAGAAGGCUAAAGUACCUUGAAUCCCAGCAAAACGACCGCAAGAUAACACUUGAGAAUACUCAGCAGAAGCUCCAGGAACUCUCUCGGAAAGCCUCUGACACAUCACUUCACUGCCAGGCCCUUGAGGAGAAAAAUCAAACCCUCAAUUGCUCAGUGAUGGAGCUGUCCAAUAAAGUAGGACAGCUGCAAGCCAGAGAGCAGGAACUGCUUACUAUGUUAAAGUUAAAGGAUAAUGACAUACUUGAAGCAACGAAUCAUAUUACUGAAUUUACAUGUAAAUUUAAAAAAUUAGAAAAUGCUCUGCGUGCAGCAAAGAUGGAGGAGUCAAGCGUCAAUAGGGAAAAGCAGGAUUUUAAACUCAGGCUGAAGGAACUUAUGUUGGAAACAAGCAAAUUAAAAGGUGACCUCAGUGAGAAAACAAAAGAAAACAAUGAGCAGAGGGAGGAAAUCAUACGCCUCAAACAAGAAAACAGUUAUUUGAACAAUGAAUUGAUGCUUAUUGCUGAGAGAGCAAACAGAAAAGACCAGCUGCUUCAUUCUGCUAAAUCUAAACAACUGCGAACUGAUACAGAACUUAGCAGUUUGCGACAGAUCUAUGUGAAGCAGCAACGAGAUCUGCAGUUUCUGAAUUUCAACUUGGAGAGUUCCCAGGAAACAAAGCAGAAACAUAAGACACAGGCACACGAGGCCAGCACAGAGAUAGUUUUGUCAGAUCCUGGAAGCAGCGGCAACAAAGACACAGUGUGUAGCGAAGCCCAUCAGAAGAUACACACCCGGUUCGUGCAUUCUCCCAGCUGUAGUUCAAAAAAUAUCUGCGAAGCACACAGAGCCGAGAAUAGGCAGCAAAAGGGCCCUGAGGAGAGACAGCCAGCAAGCUUGGAUCAGUUUCAGGAAGGGCUGUUUUAUGGGCAAAGAACUAUGCAUAGGGAAGAGCUGGAUCAGAGUGGUUCCUUGAGUUCUGGGGAGACAGACAGCAGACCUACCUCCCAGUCAGACAGCAUGUGGAAGGCAGAAGGCAGGGAAGUGGCCCGGGCACCAGAGCAAAGCUAUGUGUCAUCUUUACCAAUUCAUGAGCAUUGGCUUGAACUAAAUUGCCACACCGAUCCCGCAAACUGCCAGAGUCAUGUGUUGAAGCUGUCAGACAAAUCCAGUGAGGAUUGUAAGGAUAAGGAGAUGGGCACAGGUGGGCUGAGUCCUAGCAAGUCUCCUAGUCCAUUUAAAGGACUGGAAUCAGGGUACUGCUCCCGCAGCUCCAUAAACAAAGUCACACUGUACCAGCCUGUAAGUGACCAGCGGUGGAUGCAGAUUUUCAAGCCUGUGAAGGGAGAAGCAGGUUCAUGGCAUGGAGCUUUUCCCAACGGUCCUCAGGCUGCGAUUAGAAGCGGCAAGUCGAAAAGUGACCAUGAUGUGGACCUGCAUUUUUCGGACUUGGGUGCUCCCUGUCUGACAUCCACCCAAAGGACAAGCGGGAGCAAGGGAGACAAUAAGUUGUUAGAAGGAGAGCUGCCUUCGGAGUUCAUGAGCUUAACAGACAUCCAGGCAGCCAACGGAUGCUGCCAUCUCACCAUCCACAAAGAUUCUUGCUCACCCACCAGCAAGUUGCAGCGGCUGCUGGCAGAGUCCCGCCAGAUGGUAGCAGACCUGGAGCUCAGCAACCUGCUUGGUGCCAGCCCUGGCUGCAGUCCCAACAACAGCCUUCAUAUGGCGGGGGAGUAUAGCGAAUCCCUUUGCAAAGGGCGAUUGCCAACCGCAGAGGAAAGCGAGAUGAAGCUCUCCCUUUUUUCUUUAUGACCUCAGGUGUCUCCCAUGUUUUGUCCACAAGAGCAAAGAAAGGCACCCUUUCUUUCGAAGACAAAGAUAAUCAUGGUGUGUUAAACUCAGUGGACAGUCACUACACCUCAGUUCAUUUAAAUCUCUGAAAACCUCUCAAGUGCCAAAGACCUGUGACAAAACGCUGGGAUUCAUUCCCUAAUUUUUAUUUUAAAAAACUAGAAUUAUGCUGAAUGAAUAAAAACGACUUCAUAUGCUCAGAUUAACUGCUAGUAUAUUUUUGGAAGGUUAUUUAAAUAUGUAACUGGUCAUUAAUAGGUGAUUUUAAGAAAAGAAAUAAAUAUGUGUUUGUGGCUUUUCCUUGUUUUUGUACAGAAAUUUUCCAUUUACCGUAUGACUAAAGCGUUCAUUUAUGCUCAGUGUUUUUAACGCCAAAAUCUUUCCUCCCUUAUAUGAAGUAUUUCUAACUAAGGUCACAUCCACAUCAUACAUUUAAAGGACAUUUAACACACAUAGCUUCUCUCAAAGAAUCCCAGGAACUAUAGUAUGUUGAGGGUGCCUGGAAUUAUAGCUCAGGGAAUGUGAAACUACAGGUCCUUCGUUGUGUUUUAAGUGUUUGGUGUGGGUGUAACAAUUAAAUAGUAACAAAGGAACGCUUUAUAAAGUUGUUGGAAUACAUUUUAUAUGUACAGUAUGUCAUCCACAAUGUGGAGGAAAUAUUUUAGCCACAAUCCAGGAGGAAGUUCUCUGACACAAAGCUAGGGCUGCCGUAUAUCCAGAUUUUCCUGGACAUUGCUGGGAUUUCAAAGGCGGCAUUGACGUCUGGGGGGAAUUUCCAAAAGGCAGUACUUUGUCCUGGAUCUUAGGCAAGUCAAUUGAAAAAAUUGUGUUUUUGUAAAAGGUUCAACAGCAAUUUAGGGGGUUUCCUAAAAAAAAAAGCUUUUUGAAAUAUGGCAACCCUACACAAAGCUCCACUGAAACCGACAUGACUGACCUGUAGACUUCAAUGGGUUUUGCUCAAGGGAACCUCUUGCCGGAUUAUGCAUGUUUGCUGCUGCUUCUUUUAAUAUGAUUUUUAUUAAAUUUCCUGUAUUACUAUUUCAGAUAAACAUUUUACAUACGAUAUUAGUGACUUCCCUUCUUCUCUUUCCAUGGUUCACUUUGCAUAUCUUAUAUCCCUGCAUAUUUUACAAAAACUAUACCAAUUGGUUUUCCAUUAUUACAUCCAUCAAAAUUAUUUACACUGUUGAAUUUAUCUUAAUGCUGCCAGCGCUUUCAGCUGUACACAAUUAUUUUCCAUAUACAGUAUUCAAUAAACGUUUUCCAGUCUUCUUUAAACAUAUGUUCUUCUUGUUCUCUUGUUCUAUAUGUUAAGUCUGCAAGUUGUGCAUAUUCUGUCAACUUAAGUUGCCAAUCUUCUUUGGUUGGGACCUUGCUCAUUUUCCAUUUUUGGGCUAAUAAAACAUGGGCCGCAGUUGUUGCAUACAUAAAUAACCUUUUCUGACACUUGGGAAUUUCAGACUGAAUUAUCCCCAACAGAA